AAGAAAAAGAGCUGUUUCUCCAAUUAUGUUGCCUUCCAUGUAGCAGGCAGCCUGUUUUCUUGGACACUUCUAUCUAGUUUUCUCCUACACCAAGCUGGUCAUAGCAUUUCCACCUCCCUGGAAACCAUGGCCGAACAGGCCACGGAAUCCGCCCGGCAGCCCCAGCACGACGUGGUGCUCCAGCAGCGAAUGGCAGCCCUGGAGCAGGAGAGAGCAGAGUUCUUCAAGCUCAAACAACAACUGGAGUCUGAGUUCAACCAGAAACGGGCCAAGUUCAAAGAGCUCUACAUGUCCAAAGAAGAGGAGCUGAAAAGCCAGGCAGCGUCUCUGGAGGGAGCCCAUUCGGAGCUGAGUCGUGUCCAGGCCCAGCUGGAACAGGCCCAGGCAGACAUGGAGAACAUCAAGGCAGUGGCCACUGUGUCAGAGAGCACCAAGCAGGAGGCCGUUGACCAGGUCAAGGGACAGUGGCAGGAGGAGGUGACCUCCCUACAGGCCAUCAUGAAAGACACAGUGCGUGAGUACGAGGUGCAGUUCCACCAGCGCCUGGAGCAGGAGCGUGCUCAAUGGAACCAGUACAGGGAGGCGGUGGAGAGGGAGAUGGGCGAGCUGAGACACCGGCUCUCAGAGGGUGGACAGGAGGAAGAGAACUUGGAGAACGACAUGAAAAAGGCUCAGGAAGGUGCAGAGAAGCUGCGGUCGGUGGUGAUGCCCAUGGAGCAAGAGAUGGCAGCUCUGAAAGCCAAGCUGACAAUGGCAGAGGACAGGGUAAAGGAGCUGGAAGCCUCAAAGGUAAAGGAGCUCAAUCAUGUCCUGGAAGCAGAGAAAUCCUGCCGCACAGACCUGGAGAUGUACGUGGCGGUGCUCAACACUCAGAAGUCUGUCCUGCAGGAGGAUGCAGAGAAACUACGUAAAGAGCUCCAUGAAGUUUGUCACCUACUGGAGCUGGAGCGGCAGCAGCACAACCAGCUGAAGCACACGUGGCAGCGGGCCAACGACCAGUUCCUGGAGUCCCAGAGGCUGCUGAUGAGGGACAUGCAGAGGAUCGAAAACGUGCUCUCCUCCGAGCAGCUCCGCCAGGUGGAGGAGAUCAAGAAGAGGGACCAGGAGGAGGAUGAUAAUGAAAGUAUCAUCCAGGCUAAGGAGCAAAACGAGGAGGACGGGACAGAAACCGAACCUUUAGAAGACUCAUUUCUUGGGCUCAGUACUGAAGAGCACCACAGUGCCCACGGCUCCAUGUACUCCUUAGACACAGACCUGGUGGCAGGGGGCCCCUUGGACUCCUACAAAGACUGCCUGCGGAGGGUCCAGUCCACAGACAGCCUGGGUUCCUCUCCCGGUCUCCAGGGCCUGGGGGGCCACAACCAUAAGGCUAAAUCGGCCAGCCAUCUGGACGAGUCCGACUUUGGGCCCCUGGUGGGGGCGGACUGCGGGGCCUCUGAGGGCCUGGCGGGCUUUGGGGACACACUAUCGGUCAGCUCCAUCCAGCUGACGGCCGGCCACUUCCUCCUCACCAAGGACCAGGAGAAGGCCAUCAAGGCCAUGACACCGGAGCAGGAGGAGACGGCCUCGCUGAUGUCCAGCAUUUCUCACGCCCCCGACACCGCCUUCCUUUCCCCAUCAGGCUACCGGUUGGUCAGCGACCAGGAGUGGAACCUGCUACAGCAAGAGGUGAAGAACGCAGGGAGGAAGUUGGGCCGGCGGUGUGACAUGUGCUCCAACUACGAGAAACAGCUGCAAGUCAUCCAGGGCCAGGAGGCAGAGACACGUGAUCAGGUAAAGAAGCUCCAGGUGAUGCUGCGGCAGGCCAACGACCAGCUGGAGAGAAUCCUGAGUGAAAAACAGGAGCUGGAGGACACUGUGAAAAAGGGAAACGAGGAAACCACUGCCAAGGUCGCUGCUCUCAUGCAGAGAGUCCACGAGUCGGAGUUGCUGCUCAACACACUACAGGAGGCCUUCAGUCAGGCCAAGAGGAACACACAGGAACAGAUGGCAGUGCUGAUGCAGUCUAGGGAGCAGGUGGCAGACGAACUGAGCAGACUGCAGAGGGACAACGACAGCCUAACAGGCAAACACCGACUCCACUUAUCUCUCCAGCAGCAGGAGGACUUCAAACUACCCACCACGGUGCAAGAACUACAACCACUGGUGCUGCAAUUGCGGGAGGACAUAGUUGCGGUGCGCACGGCUGCAGACCACCUAGAAGAGAAGCUGAAGGCGGAGAUCCUGUUCCUGAAGGAGCAGCUCCAGGCAGAGCAGUGCUUCAAAGAGAACCUGGAGGACACACUACAGAUGGAGAUAGAGGGCUACAAGGAGGAGAAAGCGUCAUUCUCGAGUCUGAAAACCGAGCUGGAGCGCGUGAAAGAUGAGAAAGAACAGCUGGAGAGCAGCUUGGCAGAGAAGAGCAAGACAUUAGCGAGUGUCCAGGGUCUGAAGAGCAGUCUGGAGGAGCAGCUCAGAGAUCUCACCACAACCAAGACUUCCCUGGAGGCUCAGGCUUUGGAUGAGAAGGACAAAGCACAGCGCUUGCAGACGGAGCUGGACGUCAGUGAGCAGGUGCAGAGGGACUUUGUCAAGCUCUCCCAGAACCUCCAGGUCCAGUUGGAGCGGAUCAGACAGACUGACUCUCUCGACCGUAUCCGAGCCAUCCUCAACAACACCAAUUUAACUGACAUCAGCCAGCUCCCAGAGACAUGAUACCCAUGGCUGAAGAAACUGCAUUCCCCCUCCUUCCACUCUAUCUCACUGGCCUAAUGAAAUUCUCCUAC